AUGAAGAUCCGUAGAGAACCUUUCUUCACUAAAGUCUUAUCCUUCUUUUCUUUCACAGAUCGUAACCAAAAAUUACUUCUUCUCUUUCUGAAAUACACAUAUGAGAUAAUAUUUUCCUGUGUUUUGCUGAAGUUUUUGGCACUUAGCUUUCUCAUCAUUGUAGCCAUUUUCUUAAGCUCUAUCAAACUUUCAAAUGAUACUGAAGAUUCUGAUCAGUAUCAUUCCUUACCGUUUCUCUCUAUACUAGAAUUAGACUCAUUAUCAUACAAAGUUGGUGAUAACAUAUUAGAUGAAACUAAUUAUAGUUUCGCUAAUAAUGCUGAUGAAAUCUAUAGUAUGAGGGAUAUUAUUGUGGCCGAAGAUAACCAAGAGUUCAUCCCUCGAGUAGUUCAUCUUGAAUUAAUAGAGAGUGCCACAGGGAGACAUGAUGAUUACAAAGAUUCCAUACCAGGUUUUGCUCACGUAAAACUGAUUGAGGGUGCCAUUAGGAGCGAUGAAGAGAUUGUAGAGUUUCAUAGGGAUGAUGGUUAUGACGAGGAUAACGAUGAUGAAGGUGACAAAGAUGAUGUUGAUAAUUGUACUUCAGAUGAUAGUAACGACGUUGAUGAUCUAAAAAUUAGAAUAGAAGAAUUUAUAGCCAAGAACAUUAAGAAAUGGAAGGAGGAGAUGCUAGUUGACAAUAUUCGAUACUUGGAAUACUAG